AUGGAUAAGUCAUGGAUGCAUGCUGAUAGAAGAUCAAAGAAGUUUGAGCUAGGACUAGCAGAGUUUCUCAAGUUUGCCGAGUCUAAUGCCAAUAACAAAAACAAGAUUUCUUGUCCUUGCUUGAAAUGUAGUAACACGGAGGGAUUUUCUGUUGGAGUUAUUAAGGAUCAUAUAUUUUGGAAUGGUAUUAACGAGAGUUAUAAGCAUUGGAGGUGGCAUGGGGAACCUACUACAUCUGCUAUGAAUGACAAUAGAGUUGAAUCUGAAACUGUAGAUUGGGAACCUGGGAUGGGGGAGAAUGAUUGGGGCUUUGGAGAAAGUGAGGAUGAGCAGAUUUCCGAAGACUCUAAUGAGUUUUUGAAGUAUGUAGAGGAUGGGGAUCAACCUUUGUACCUAGGUUGUACGAAGACAACCAAGCUGAAUGGUCUGAUUCAGAACUUCAAUUUGAAAGCAAAGCAUGGAAUGACCGAUGCUUGCUAUUCAGAUAUGCUUAUCAUGAUUGGGGGUCUGCUUCCUGAAGGGAAUCAGGUUCCUUUGUCUUUGUAUGAAGCGAAAAAGACACUUAGUGCUUUAGGGAUGGAGUAUGAAAAAAUUCAUGCUUGUCCUAAUGACUGCAUCUUAUAUAGACAGCAACAUGCAGAUGCUCUUAUCUGCCCUAACUGUGGUGUUCCAAGGUGGAAAUUGGGUAGGGAUAAAACUGUGAAAGAAGGGAUACCUGCGAAGGUUUUAUGGUACUUUCCAUUAAUCCCAAGGUUCAAACGAAUGUAUCAAUCGACCAACACAGCUAAGAAUCUUACUUGGCAUGAGUUUGGUAGAAAGAAAGAUGGAAUGAUGCGACACCCAGCUGAUUCUCCUACUUGGGAAUUACUUGACAAACAAUAUCCACAAUUCAGUAGCGACCCUAGAAACCUCAGACUAGUCCUAUCUUCUGAUGGAUUUAACCCGCAUAGUUCUCUAAGUAGCAAGUAUUCUUGUUGGCCAGUUAUACUGGUCACAUAUAAUCUCCCUCCAUGGCUUUGUAUGAAGAGGAAGUUUAUGAUGUUGACAUUGUUAAUAUCAGGACCGAAGCAACCUGGUAACGAUAUCGACGUCUAUUUGCAACCAUUAAUAGAUGAUCUGAAAGUAUUGUGGGAUGGAGUUGAGGGAGUAUACGAUGCACUAAGAGGGGACUACUUCAAAUUGAAAGAGGUGCUGAUGUGUACUAUUAAUGACUUUCCCGCAUACGGGAACUUGUCUGGUAGCAUUGUUAAAGGAUACAAUGCUUGUCCAAUAUGCCUUGACAAGACUCGACCUUAUAGGUUAAAGAGAGGUAAGAAAAUGGCAUUCAUGAGGCAUCGCAGGUUCCUACCUAGACAUCAUCCGUAUAGGAAACAGGCUGCUGCUUUUGACAACACCGUAGUGGAGGACCUACCUCCUCUACCAUUAACCGGAGAGGAGGUGUUUGCUAGAGUAGAGGGUCUGAAUUGUGUGUAUGAGAAAAGAAACGCUCUCCUCCUGCCAAGGGUGUUGAAGACCAAGGCAGACCUUGCUGGAAGAAGAAGGAAGACAAAGGACGGGGUUGCAGCGCGUUUGGACAUGGUGGAGAUGGGUAUUGGGGCUGGUUUGAACCCAAAAAUUCUUCUUCCUGUUGCUUUACGUUCUGUUCUUGAGAAGCCGGUUAGGUAUGCGAUCAUCCGCUUCUGCCUUUUCUUCAAGUCAAUAUGUGCUAAAGUGAUCGAUGUUUCGAAGCUGGAAAAAAUGCAAGCAGAUUUGGUUGUUACUGUUUGCUUAUUGGAGAAGUACUUCCCGCCUUCAUUUUUUGACAUUAUGAUCCAUCUAACUGUGCAUCUCGUAAAAGAAGUUCAGUUUUGUGGUUCGGUAUUUUUUCGGUGGCUGUACCCCUUCGAGAGGUACAUGAAAGUCUUUAAAGGGUGGGUUAGAUGUCGAACGCAUCCUGAGGGAUGCAUAGCAGAGUCUUAUAUUGUCGAAGAGGCUGUUGAGUUUUGCACUGAACGUAUGCUUAGUGAUGCUUCUACUGCUGGAAUCCCUGAAAGUUCCAAACCACGAGCCUGUAAUGCAUCCAAACCGCUAUCAGACGCUACCAUGAUUUCUGUCAAUGGCAAGGAGAUGCAUCAAGCACAUCUGUGUAUAUUGCAGAAUACCGAGGAUGCAAGUCCUUAUUUCAUUGAACAUCUGGAAUUGUUGAAGCUUCUCAAUCCAAGGUUUUCUAAAAAUGAAAAGUGGCUUAAGGAUAAACAAAACCAGACCUUUGCUGUCUGGUUAAAGGAGAGGGUUAAUGGUGUUGAUUUCAACACUAAGGAGCGGGACAAUGUGCGAUCAGUGAAAAACAGUGGGGUUUUUUUGGUGGCUGAUGCAAUGCAAGUUUCUAGUGCAAAGGAUAAAAAUCCCAAAACUGAUGAUAUGGACUUCUAUGGUGUCAUACAACAAAUAUGGGAGGUGGACUACUACAAGUUUAGGGUACCGUUGUUUAAAUGUGAUUGGGUUGAGAAUGUUAGGGGCAUUAAAGUAGAUGAACUAGGGUUCACAUUGGUAAAUCUGAAUAGGAAAGGUCAUCUUAAUGAUGCUUUUGUCUUAGCUAGCCAUGUUAAGCAAAUAUUUUACAUUAAGGAUCCCUUCGAUGCUCAAUGGUCAGUGGUAGUAAGGGUCCUAGAUAGAGACUAUCAAGGGGCUGAUUCGGAUGAGGAGUUAGAAGAUAUUGAAGUAGAACAACAUCCAUUUGAAGCAACAAUGCCAUCCAUCGAGACUUUUGAUAAUAUAGAUGGUGAUCAGCAUAGCAAUUAUAUGCGUCCUAGAGAUGAAGCAAUAUGGAUGGAAAAUGACUGCAAUCAACGUGGCUGA